GCUGAGCGGAGUCACUUUAUCUUUCAUCUCACAUCGUGAGAAUAUCAAUGGUAAUGGAUCACCUCAGUUCGGCAGGGUUCCCCUCCCACGUGGAGGAUCUGAUGAAGGAGCAUCAUGUCCCUGGCUUGGCAAUUGCAAUUGUCCAAAACGACACAAUAACGUCUGUUGCAUACGGACACGCUUCGCUCUCCCCGUCGACUCCCUGCACACCAGACACCUUAUUUGACAUCGCGUCCGCCUCCAAAUCCAUGACCGCUGCGUCCGUCGGACUGCUGGUAGACAACAACGAUGAGUACCCCGAGGUGCAGUACGACGCCACCAUGUCGAGUCUACUUCCAGACGACUUCGUGAUGUCCGAGGAGCAGCACACCAAAGGCGUUACUGUCGAAGACAUACUUAGCCACCGGACCGGCAUGGCUCCACACGACCUUUCCUACCUGGGCCCGCGAGCGAGUGAGCCCGACAAUGCACGAUCUGUUACAAGAAACCUGCGCAAUCUGGCUGUAGGCGCUCCCAUUCGAUCAAAAUACAUGUACUGUAACAUGAUGUAUACCGUCGCGACGCACUUAGUCGAAAGCAAAACCGGUAUCUCUUUCUCCGACUUCCUCGAGAAAUAUUUCUUCGGUCCUCUUAAUAUGCACUCGACAUCGCUCCAGCCUAAGCUUGCCCGAGCCAAGGGCUUCAGCGACCGCAUUGCAACCGGAUACUCGUAUAAAGAAGAACAAAACAUCUACCACGGCUUCCAAACCCCCGACUGCCCCGAGGGUCAAGGCGCCGGAUCCAUUAUCACGAGCGUCAACGACUAUAUCAAAUGGGUCAAAGCGGUCAUGAACCAAGAGAGUCCCAUCACUGACAGCGUCUACAAAGGCCUCAUCAAGGCACGGACCUUCCAAAAUCCCAACUUUGAAGGAUUGGCCCCGAUGACUUCUCCUGUGACAUAUGCCGCCGGCUGGGAAAUCUUCUUCUACAGAGGUUACAUGGUAGUUGGCCACGACGGUGCCGUGCCAGGAUUUGGCAGCCGACACUUCUUCCUCCCUGACGUCAAAUUCGGCGCCGUCAUCCUUGGAAACUCCGAAGGGGCAGGGGUAGUUGCGGCCGUUGUGGCUCGAGAGCUAAUCGAUGAAGUCCUCAACGUACCUAAGCCAGAACGCCCCGACUGGAACGAAAUCGAACGUGGGGAUCCUCCAUUCAGCAGCGAGGAUUAUGAAAAACUGCGACAAAGUACUUGUCCUGGUAUUGGGGACUCGGAGCCCCAGAAACUACCGCUCGUUGCCUACGUCGGCGACUACUGGAAUCCUGGAUACCGCAAGAUGACUGUUGAAACAGUGGAUGAUUCUUUGUUCAUCAAUUCAAUGGACAGGUCUUUUGGCUCCACAUUCACGCUGGACCAUGUCUGCCAUCAAACUCAAUAUAUAGCGCAUCUCAUCGAUGAUUUGGGAGGGGUCGAUGAGCCUGUCAAGGUCGAAUUUGUGCUCGAAAACGAUGUGGCUGUUAGAAUGGGAUUACACCUAGAGCCUGAGCUCAAACAGAUGAUUUGGUUUGAUAGAGUGACAGCUAUCCCUAACUGAGCUAUGUGAUCUUGAGAUGAUGAUCAGUUUAAUAAGGUGGAGAGGUGGUUCAGGAGUCGCGCAAAUUAUCAGGCCAUAUCCUAUAUAUGCUGCUCAAUUAAAUACUUCAAGGGCGCGUUGAACUUUGGCAUGUUGCAGAUUUCGGCGGUAGAAAGGUUGAAGAAGACAUUAUCAUAGCACCUGACCAUAAGAGCCACAGUUCAGUACAUUUCUCAACCAGCCUUUUGAAGUCCUCCACGCUUACCAUCCCCCCACCAAAAUUCGAUUUCAU